AUGCCAAAAAGACCGUGUGCAAUAAUCUUGACACCGGAUGAUUCUACAAUCUUAUGCGCCGACAAAUUUGGCGAUGUCUACUCGUUGCCUCUUGUAGGUCAAGUAUUUGAAACAGCGACUUUCAAUGGCAUUGACGCCAAUAACACGAGUCGUACGAGUGAUCAGAAGCAUAAGCAAAAGCCCUUUGCUCCUUCUGCAACUUCUCUUACUGUCCACACUAAAGGAAACCGGGAGGCGUUGCGGCAACAGCAAAAUAUCAGGAACCUCAAAGCAGAAAAGAAAGUUUCGAACCUUGAUCACAAACUUCUGUUAGGACAUGUUUCCCUUUUGACAGAUGUUGCGUGCGUAACUCUAGCCUCGCCCUCACAAAAGCCCCGGAACUACAUAUUAUCAUCAGACCGUGAUGAGCACAUUCGCAUCUCCCGUGGUGUUCCUCAAGCACACAUCAUCGAAGGAUACUGUCUUGGUCACACAGAAUUUAUCACCAAGCUGUGCGUGCCAACAGUCUACCCUCAUUUAUUAAUUUCGGGUGGAGGUGAUGACUACUUGAUAUUGUGGGAUUGGCCGGCGGGAAGGAUGUUGCAGCAGCUUGACUUGAAGAGUCUAGUUGCUAACCUUAGGAAUACUAAACUCGGAGCUGGAAAGUUGUUCAACGGCUCUGCAAAAGUCAAGGACGCUGAGACUGAAGUAGACAUUGCACCCAGAAUAUGUGUCUCGAAUAUUCAAGCUCUUGAAAUUCGCACAGAGCCAUCUGGUCAUCCGCGAGUUGAGAUCAUAGUUACAUGCGAAGGGGUUCCUGCGCUCUUCACCUUCACGCUUGGAAUGAAUGCGCAAAUGCAAUUCAGUGCAAGCAUUCACACAGAAAGCAAUGUCAUCGAUGUGACAAUUCUUCCUAACCAGAGUUCCGUUAUCUAUUCUAUGGACACUUGCCAUCAGGCCUUCUCGACAGACGCCUCAGCGGACACCGGGAAACAAGGCCCACGAAGCUUAGUGGGCUCCCUGAUUUACGAUUUAGACUCCAAGACCUGGGAAGAGAACCAAGCAUUGCAGGCAAAUCUUGUUGCAGCUACGAGAGAAUGCGCAGAUAGCCAGCUACAUGUUCCCCAAGCAGGAGCAGCUAAAGGAAAGUCACUUAGAGAAUUACUUUACGGCUUGGAAAGCCUCAGAAAGCGGGGAUCAGAAAAUGAAACAGAUGUGUAG